GUAGAAUCUUCCAUCCUGCUUAGAGAUCACUCCAAAUGGACAAGUGGAUAUGGAUUUUUCUGGCGUUUUCUCUACAUACUAGCCACGUUGACUGCAAUGCUGUCUGUACACGAUGGAAAACAACAUACAGGACAGUAACAGAGUGGCGAUAUGAACCUGUUCGAAAGACUAGAAAAAGGAGAUGUGGAUUUUUGAGGCUUAAAAAAUGCAGAGAUGAAUAUUGGGAGAAUGUACAAGUCCAACGUACGAAGACUGUUGAAGAUAAAUACGUAGAACAAUUCUGUUGUGAUGGGUUUCGCAGUAAUAAUGGUAAAUGCGAGCCAAUAUGCUAUCAAAACUGUAUCAACGGGUUUUGCUCAGCGCCAAGUACAUGUAGCUGCAACUCUGGUUACUCAUACAAGUCUCAGUAUGUCUGUACUCCAGUGUGCAGCAAAUCUUGUCACAACAGCAUCUGCUCACAUCCAGAAACCUGCUCAUGCAAUCUAGGAUUUGUAAAAGAUGCUUCGGACAAGUAUACUUGCAUCCCGUUUUGUUCGAAGGGAUGUAGCAAUGGGAAGUGUACCGGACCCGAACAAUGCACUUGUAACGAUGGCUACAAGAAAGAUCAAGAAGUUUGUAAACCGAUUUGCAGAAAGGAAUGUCAAAAUGGAGAAUGCACCGCACCAGAAACCUGCUCAUGCGUGUUCGGAUACAAAAUUGACCCUAUGGAUAGAUACAACUGCACUCCUGUUUGUAGCCAGCCGUGUCAAAACGGAGUUUGUUCCCAGCCUGAAGUUUGCUCUUGCCACAGAGGAUAUGAGAAGAUAGAUCAAUAUUCCUGCAAACCUGUGUGCUCGAAGGAAUGUCAAAAUGGAGUGUGCACAGCACCAGAAAUCUGCACCUGUAACAAAGGCUACACAAAAGAAAGCGACUACAUUUGUGUUCCUAUCUGUUCCAAGAAAUGUCAAAAUGGAAUCUGCAGCGCACCUGAAAUAUGUAGUUGUAACGCCGGAUAUGAACUGGAUCGCUCAGAUGUCUACGUCUGUAGACCAGUCUGCACUGGUGGGUGUACAAAUGCUAACUGUACAGCACCUGAAACCUGUUCAUGUUUUCAAGGCUAUGAGAAAGGUUUGGAUCGAUCAAAAUGCAAACCAGUUUGUGAUGAGUGUAUCAAUUCAGACUGUACUGCACCUAAUGAAUGCUCUUGUCACACUGGAUUCAUUAAAGAUGAAAUAAGUCCUAACCGAUGUAAUCCGUAUUGCUCCAAGAAGUGUGAAAAUGGAUUUUGUUCUGCACCAGAAGAAUGCACUUGUUAUGACGGUUUCACCAAAAGCGAUGCAUAUGAAUGCAUACCAGUUUGCUCAAAGUUGUGUGUCAAUUCUGAAUGCACGUCACCGGAAGUCUGCACUUGCUGGGCUGGCUAUGAAGCGGAUCACCAUGACAAAUACUCCUGCAACCCAGUUUGUUCAAAAGAGUGUAUAUUUGGAGAAUGCAUGGCACCUGAAAUCUGCAAUUGCUUUGACGGAUAUAUCCGCUCUGAUGAUCCUUAUAUUUGCGAACCUCACUGUUCUUUACCGUGUGUGAAUGCCAACUGUACAAAGCCAAAUGUAUGCCAAUGUCUGGAUGGAUAUAGGAAACAAAGCGAACAUAUUUGCGGACCAGUUUGCUCUUUAGGAUGCAUUAAUGGUAACUGUAUUGAACCAGAAGUGUGUGAAUGUCUUGCUGGGUAUGCUUUCUUCAGUCCUUAUGUUUGUGAACCGGUUUGCUCUGAAUGCCAGUUUGGCUCUUGCGUUCUUCCAGAAGUUUGCCAUUGUUGGGAGGGCUAUGAGAAUCUAGGAAAUGAAUCUUGUGUCCCAGUUUGUCAAGAGGAUUGUGUCAACAGUGAAUGCUCAGCUCCCAACACCUGCACUUGUAUAGGAGGGUUUGUCAACUCUACUGGUAAUUCAAGCUACUGUUCUCCUUAUUGUUCAAGAGACUGUGUUAAUGGUAAAUGUGUAGAUCCUGAAACUUGUGAGUGUGAUCCAGGCUUCACAGAGAAUUAUGAAGAUUCGUUCUCUUGUGAGCCAUACUGUUCUGAAGAUUGUCUUAAUGGAGUCUGCUCUGCUCCAGAAACUUGUAGCUGUCUUUUGGGUUUUGCAGGGUCAAGCAACUCGUCCAACUGUACUGAUGUAAAAAGCUCUUACCACCAGUGUUUUGCCACAGGGGAUAUUUCUAUAUCAACCGGUUGCUCGAGUCAGCUUAUUGUUCAUGAUUUGGAAUGUCCUUUAUUCAAAAUUUUGAUAGCUAAGUAUGUGCAGAAAUCAAGUCAAGCUAUUUUCAAUCUAACUUGUUUUUUUAACUACACAUCUGAAGACUCCAAUGAUAUUGUAGAAGUAGAAUGUGUAACGGAAGAUUUCAAGCAUGAUAUAAUAUCCCAAGACUCAGAUAUUUUGUUUCAUUCAACCACACAAGUUUCAAAAAACACUGACUCAACAUUCUGGAGUGAAACUAAAACGGCUUCUACUACAGAUGUGGUAUCUACUGAAGAGUUUUCUGAAACAUCUGAAGAUUUCAGUACACUUAACUACUUACAGUUCAAUAGUAUGGAUGAUGAAGAGUUGACAAUCAAAUCAACAACAGGGGAAUUUACUAAAACAACUGAAGAUUUCGGUCCUUCGAACUACUUACAAUUCAACAGUAUGGAUUAUGAAGAAUUGACAACAGGAGAAUUUACUAAAAGAUCUGAAGAUUUCGGUCCAUUGAACUACUUACAAUUCAAUAGUACGGAUUAUGAAGAAUCGACCAUUGAAUCUACAACAGAAAAUAAACAAAUAAUGGUUGACAAUGUGACUGCCUUUGAUUUUGAUAGCACACACGAUUAUUAUAGCACAUAUGACUUUGAAUAUUUGAGCACAAAUGAUUAUCAAUCUAGUGAGUUUAGUACAUAUUCAACACAAAUUACAAAUACAGAGUUUCAUCAAACCAGUACCAAAGAUUAUGUUAAGUUGGCGAGGUUCACUCUCAAAAUAAACAAUGUGCCUCUGAUUGUAAAAGAAAAAAUGACUGAGGAGUCCUUUGAAGAGUUCCUAAAUAUAGAUAAACUUAAAUCUGAUUGGUGUGUUCGUUCAAUUGCAACAUUUGGAGAUUCCUGUGGUGAAAGUUUUGAGCUUCAGAUUAAUUUUGGAAAGUGUUUCAAGGCUCCAGUAUAUUUUGUGGGUUUAGAUCUCUUUGUCAAGAUGACUAAGUCUUAUUGGUACAUACUUCUGUCAUUAAUCCUUCUGACCUUUGCAGUUAUUUACUUUUCAAUUCAAAACUGCUGGAAAAGGAACAGAAAAGUGGACUACAUGAUGACAGAGUUAGAGGAAGAGAUGAAAAGAAGAAGAUUGCCGGAGAAGCAUGCCACACAAGAAUCAGAUCUGUGGAUAUGGAUUUUUCUGGCGUUUUCUCUACAUAUUAGCCACAUAGACUGCAAUGCUGUCUGUACACGAUGGAAAACAAUAUACAAGACAGCAAGAGUGUGGCGAUAUGAAGAUGUUCUAAAAACUGGUACAAGGAGAUGUGGAUUUUUGUAUCUUUCCCACUGUUCAUAUAACUAUUGGGAGCUGGAUCAUGUCCCACAUGUUGAGACUGUUGAAGAUGAAGAAGUAGAAUACUACUGUUGUGAUGGGUUUCGCAAAAAUUAUGCUGGUCUCUGCAAGCCAAUAUGCUAUCAAAGCUGUAUCAACGGGUUUUGCUCAGCGCCAAGUACAUGUAGCUGCAACUUUGGUUACUCAUACAAGUCUCAAUACGUCUGUACUCCAGUGUGCAGCAAACCUUGUCACAACAGCAUCUGCUCACAUCCAGAAACCUGCUCGUGCAAUCCAGGAUUUGUAAAAGAUGCUUCGGACAAGUAUACUUGCAUCCCGUUUUGUUCGAAGGGGUGUAACAAUGGGAAAUGUACCGGACCCGAACAAUGCACUUGUAACGAUGGCUACAAGGAAGAUCAAGAAGUUUGUAAACCGAUUUGCAGAAAAGAAUGUCAAAAUGGAGAAUGCACCGCACCAGAAACCUGUUCAUGCGUGUUCGGAUACAAAACUGACCCUAUGGAUAGAUACAACUGCACCCCCGUUUGUAGCCAGCCAUGUCAAAACGGAGUUUGUUCCCAGCCUGAAGUUUGCUCUUGCCACAGAGGACAUGAGAAGGUAGAUCAAUAUUCUUGCAAACCUGUGUGCUCGAAGGAAUGUCAAAAUGGAGUGUGUACAGCGCCAGAAAUCUGCACUUGUAACAAAGGCUACGAGAAAGAAAAUGACUACAUUUGUGUUCCUAUCUGUUCCAAGAAAUGUGAAAAUGGAAUCUGUAGUGCACCUGAAAUAUGUAGUUGUAACGCCGGAUAUGAACUGGAUCGCUCAGAUGUCUACGUUUGUAGACCAGUCUGCACUGGUGGCUGUACAAAUGCUAACUGUACAGCACCUGAAACCUGUUCAUGUUUUCAAGGCUAUGAGAAAGGUUUGGAUCCAUCAAAAUGCAAACCAGUUUGUGAUCAGUGUGUCAAUUCAGACUGUACUGCACCUAAUGAAUGCUCUUGUCACACUGGAUUCGUUAAAGAUGAAAUAAGUCCUAAUCGAUGUAAUCCGUAUUGCUCCAAGAAGUGUGAGAAUGGAUUUUGUUCUGCACCAGAAGAAUGCACUUGUUAUGAGGGUUUCACCAAAAGUGAUGCAUAUGAAUGCAUACCAGUUUGCUCAAAAUUGUGUGUCAAUUCCGAAUGCAUGUCACCGGAAGUCUGCACUUGCUGGGCUGGCUAUGAAGCGGAUCCUCAUGACAAAUACUCCUGCAACCCAGUUUGUUCAAAAGAGUGUAUAUUUGGAGAAUGCAUGGCACCUGAAAUCUGCAAUUGCUUUGACGGAUAUAUCCGCUCUGAUGAUCCUUAUAUUUGUGAACCUCAUUGUUCUUUACCGUGUGUGAAUGCCAACUGUACAAAGCCGAAUGUAUGCCAAUGUUUGGAUGGAUAUAGGAAACAAAGCGAACAUAUUUGCGAACCAGUUUGCCCUUUAGGAUGCAUUAAUGGUAACUGUAUUGAACCAGAAGUGUGUGAAUGUCUUGCUGGGUAUGCUUCCUUCAGUCCUUAUGUUUGUGAACCGGUUUGCUCUGAAUGCCAGUUUGGCUCUUGCGUUCUUCCAGAAGUUUGCCAUUGUUGGGAGGGCUAUGAGAAUCUAGGAAAUGAAUCUUGUGUCCCAGUUUGUCAAGGGGAUUGUGUCAACAGUGAAUGCUCAGCUCCCAACACCUGCACUUGUAUAGAAGGGUUUGUCAACUCUACUGGUAAUUCAAGCUACUGUUCUCCUUAUUGUUCUAGAGACUGUGUUAACGGUAAAUGUGUAGAGCCUGAAACUUGCGAGUGUGAUCCAGGCUUCACAGAGAAUUAUGAAGAUUCGUUCUCUUGUGAGCCAUACUGUUCUGAAGAUUGUAUUAAUGGAGUCUGCUCUGCUCCAGAAACUUGUAGCUGUCUUUUGGGUUUUGAAGGGUCAAGCAACUCCUCCAACUGUACUGAUGUAAAAAGCUCUUACCACCAGUGUUUUGCCACAGGGGAUAUUUCUAUAUUAACCGGUUGCUCGAGUCAGCUUAUUGUUCAUGAUUUGGAAUGUCCUUUAUUCAAAAUUUUGAUAGCUAAUUCAAUAGUAUGGAUGAUGAAGAGUUGA